CGGCAGCGGCGUCGCCUGCGAGGAGGCGCUUAACGAAGGCGUCAACACGGACAUGCGCUCGACGUGGAGCUACCACGGGCCAGAGACCGGGGCGAGCUUCAUGCCGAUUCAGAUCUACAUCGAGCCGUGCAACGUGUGGCAGGAGGUAUACUUGCCAGAUCGCCCCGCUCUGACAGGCGGGAAGCACGAGACCGCCAUCGCGGACGUGAAGGCCUGCAUCCUGGCGCAUUUCGGCGACAUCGCGGCUGGAGAGUGCGCGAUCGAGCGGGGGCAGGGCGCGAUCGAGGGAUCGAG